UAUGACGUCACGUGUAGCUGCCUGAGCCGCACGUGUAGCUUCAGCGGCUAAAACAGGAGGCGGUUUAGACGGACUCCGCCGAGGGAGAGCAGAGGAGAGGAGAGGAGAGGAGAGAAGAGAGGAGAGGAGAGCUGUCUAAAGUCAUGGCGGAUAAAGAAAUAAACCUUGCUGAAAUGGAUGAAGGCACAAAUGAUACGGAUGAAGACGUGGAAUUGAAAGAACAGGCGGAUGGACUUAAACAAGACAAAGUUGAAGGCAGUGACCUGGAGGAGGACGAUGAUGGUGAUGAUGAUGAUGAGGACGGAGAACUGUUAGAUAAUGACGAGGCGAAAAAGACCAAGGCUAAGAAAUGCGUCCCAGGCAUUGUGUACUUGGGCCACAUUCCUCCGAGGCUGCGGCCAAAACAUGUGCGGAACAUGCUGGGUGUGUAUGGAGAGAUUGGAAGGGUCUUCCUCCAGUCUGAAGAUCAUUCUAUCAAAAAGAAGAAGAGGAAAGCAGGUGUCAAUGGAUCGAGGUUCGUGGAGGGCUGGGUGGAGUUCAGGGACAAACGCAUCGCUAAGAAAGUAGCAGCCAGUCUGCACAACACACCCAUAGGCACCCGCAAGAGGAGCCCCUUCAGCAGUGACCUGUGGUCCAUAAAAUACCUGCACAGGUUCCAGUGGUGCCACCUGAGUGAGAGACUCGCGUAUGAGCAGAUGGUCUAUCACCAGCGCAUGAGGACGGAAAUCUCACAGGCCAAGCGCGAGACCAACUUCUACCUGGCCAGCGUGGAGAAGAGCCAGACUCUGGACAGGCUGAGGGAGAAGAAGAAGAUGAAGGGCGAGGCUUUUGACGAGAAGAGCUGGAACUUCACACAGCGACGCACAGAAGAGGAAAUGAGGCUGGACCGAAUUAAGAGGAAAGGUCUGUCCAAGAAGACCCUCCAGAAAGCUCAGGAGAAGAGCAAGGCCAUUCAGGAGAAAGCGCAGUCCAAUGUGUGCCUGCUGGCAAAAAUCUUCAGCAGUGGAAAAUCUCAGGACUGAACAAAGUUCUGGAUGGUGUUUUUGCCUUUUUAAAGUUAUAACUGCGCAGAUUUAGACUGAUGGCUGACUGAGCGUGAGUGUACAUGUGCAGGUAACUUGAAAACUUCAAGACUUUCAGCAAAACAUGGAAUAAUCCAGGUCACUGGGAAUGAAAACAUUGACGUUUCAUUGACUGCUGAAAACUUCAGAUCUUUUGUAAUGAGAUCAGUUAUGUUUCUACUUAGAAUGUAAUACUUAAUUAACAAUGUAAAUGAACACGGUACCCCUUAUUCAAGGGAACGCCGACUCUUCUCUAAAGACUGCCUUAAAAUAGCAUAUGUGCCCAGUGUUAUUAAAAUAUGAUGCAUAAAUUAAA